AUGGCCACCACCAGAGAGCGACGCAUUGCGAAGGAGUUGGCAGACAUCCACAAUGACAAGGACAACUCGGGUGUAGUCGCCUAUCCAGUCGAUCCGUCUAACCUGACACACCUCAAGGGCACUUUCCCCGGUCCUCCAGACACACCUUAUGCCGGGGGAACGUUCCAAAUCGACAUCAUCAUUCCUGAAAUGUACCCAUUUAAGUCGCCCAUCAUGAAAUUCGAUACCAAGAUCUGGCAUCCCAAUGUCAGCAGCGUCACGGGUGCAAUCUGCCUCGAUACUCUAGGUUCUGGUUGGUCCCCAGUUGGGACAAUCAAAAUGGCACUUAUCUCGCUGCGCAUGCUGCUCGAGUCGCCGAACCCCAAAGACCCCCAGGAUGCCGAAGUGGCCAAGAUGAUGCUCGAACGCCCAGAUGAGUUUGCCCGCAAGGCUCACGAGUGGGCUGUUCAGUAUGCCGGUGCCCCCAGGAGAGAUUACAUCCCCCAUAACUAUAAGGCAUUGGCCAAGCCUCAGGUGACAAAUGACUUGUCAAGGUACAAAGGCUACAAUAAAGAUCUCGUGGAUAGGUUUGUCAACAUGGGUUUUGACGUCGACGCUGUGGUCGAGGCGUUCAUCUAUGUGGGUAUCGACCGCAAUGGAGGUGAAGACUACGAGUUGGAAGAGGCAUAUAUGGGCGAUAUCACUGCCCGGCUUCUCGGCGAACAGUGA